AUGGACAGCUACGAAGCAGUCAUAGACCCCGAACUUCAAGACAUCUCCCCUCCUCCACCGCCCACAAAGGGUAGACAGACCGGCACAAAACGCAAAGCCGCCCUUCCGCAACAGCCCACCACCACCCCGGCUACAAACACGCGUCUCACACGCCGACAAGCAGCCGCCGCCGCCGCAGCCAUCGCCACCCCAGACCACAAGGAAUCAUACUCACCAAGGCAUCCAGGCGACGAGCCAUCACGCGGGGAAGAAGAAAACUUGAUCGGGUACGAAUGGGCCAACGCUAAACGAUCCCGCCGUCGGUCACCCUCUGCGCACGGUGGCCAUUCUAGCAGACCCCACACUCCAUCGCAGUGGACAAGCUCAGCCCAUGCGUCGGCUCAUCCCUCGGCCCAUCCUUCUCCGGGACACGGCGGUAUCGACAACUUGGCCGCGGCAGCAGCGGCAUACCAGAGCAACACUCCUCAACCACCCCCGCCACGAUACCCUUACCCGUUUGGCCUGACGCCGUUCCGGUAUCCUUGCCUUACGCCUCACUUACCCCCGCCACCCCCCGGGGACCCGACCAACCCCAACUUUCAGGCGUAUGACCCGUACCACGGCAUGGAGCGCGCCGAGGAUGCUCACCACGAGGAGCAGCAGGACAAGGAGCAGCUGCAGCAGCACACACACCACCACCACCACCACCACCACCACCACCACCACCAAGAUCCUCCUGAGGACUACCACGAGCUGCCUCCAGUCGAGCGGACAGAGCACACCACGCUGGCGGCACUCUUAUCGGCGACAGAGGCGGCAAACGGGUUCGACAUGGGCGUGGGAUCGGCGCCGUCGUCGCGACCACGCACGCCAGCCGACCGGGGCAGGUAG